AUGAGAGUGGAACCAGUAGUAGUCUCAGUCCAGUACGAAGUGGUAGUGAAUGUUGGGGUUGGAACCUCAAUCACAAGAGUGUUGGUGCCAUCUGUGCCAGUAGUGAGAGAGAGAGCCAGUAGUGGUCUCAGUCCAAUACGAAGUGGUAGUAUGAGUAGACGAUGGGAUCUCAAUAAUGACAGUAUUCGUAGUCGAACCAGUGGCAGUGGUCUCAGAGGUGAAGGAGUUACCCCAGGUGGUGGUAGUAGAGGUGGCACUCUUUGGAACCUCGAUCACAAGAGUAUUAGUGCCAUCUGUUCCGGUAGUGAUGAGAGUGGAACCAGUAGUAGUCUCAGUCCAGUACGAAGUGGUAGUGAAUGUUGGGGUUGGAACCUCAAUCACAAGAGUGUUGGUGCCAUCUGUGCCAGUAGUGAUGAGAGUAGAGCCAGUAGUGGUCUCAGUCCAAUACGAAGUGGUAGUAUGAGUAGACGAUGGAAUCUCAAUAAUGACAGUGUCCGUAGUCGAACCAGUGGCAGUGGUCUCAGAGGUGAAGGAGUUACCCCAGGUGGUGGUAGUAGAGGUGGCACUCUUUGGAACCUCGAUCACAAGAGUGUUGGUGCCAUCUGUGCCGGUAGUGAUGAGAGUGGAACCAGUGGUAGUCUCAGUCCAGUACGAAAGUGGUAG